AUGGAUCUUUCCAUCACCCUGACUCUCCUGGUGCUCCUAUCCUCAGCCGGGGCCUUUGACCUGGGCCAGUCGACCCGCUGCGUGCCCAUUCCCAAGCAGAUGAGCGUGUGCCAGGAUGUGGGUUACUCUGAGAUGCGUCUGCCCAACUUCCUGGGCCACAGCAGCCUGGAGGCUGAGGUGGUGCCGCGGUCGGAGGACUGGAAGCCCCUGCUCCAGACGGGGUGCCACCCCCAGGCCCAGGCCUUCCUCUGCUCCCUCAUUGCCCCCGUCUGCCUUGACACGUUCAUCCAGCCCUGUAGGAGUCUGUGUGUGUCUGUGAGGGACAGCUGUGCUCCGGUGUUGGCCUGUCAGGGUCAGACCUGGCCAGAGGCCCUGGACUGUGACCGCUUCCCCACGCAGGAGGACAUGUGUCUGUCACCGCACCCCAAACAGAACAGCCACCUGGCUAAAGUACUUCCCAAGCCUGCAUGCCAGUCCUGCCCUUCUGUAGAGGAGAGCCCCUUGCUGAGAACUGUGCUGGAUGCACUGUGCCGGGAUGAAUUUGCUGUAACAGCAAAACUGUCCCGCCGACGCCAUCACACGGGGAAGCCUGAGUUUGAGGUGGAGGGCAGGGUGGAGUUCAUUCGCCAGGGCCCUCUCCUUCCUUAUGACACCCAGCACCUCCUACAGCAGUGGCUCCUCAUCAACCUACGCUGCUCCCACACUCUGGUGCGGCCCGGGCGCUCCCAGCUCUACCUGUUGACUGGCAGCGUGCUGCUCGACCGCACCCUGGCCCUCAACCACCUGUUCCCCUGGCACAAAAAGGACGCUAACCUGGCUGUAGGAACACGCAAGUGGAAGCACCAUAGGUGCUGAGUGAAUGGAAGAACCAGGCCUGGAAACAGCAUCAAAGGAUAAACCCUGAGUCUGUGCGACUUCGGCAGUCUCAUUUGCCUGGGGCAUGACCUUAGUUCUGAAAGUGCUACUGAGGGCAACAUGCAUAUCACCUGGCUUGUGCAUCGAGCAUGUCUAUUUGUAUGUGUUUCUAACCUGCUGAAGACAAAUGUUGGAGCUGGACUCUUAACUACCCUUUGCUGUCAUCUGCUGUUCACUGGCAGUAUAGCAGUCCCUCAGCUUUCACUAAUAGCACACAGUAAUGGAAUGCACUGAAAUUUGUAAAUAGAAAUGAUAAAUGUUAA